AUGGACGUUACAGGGGAAGUAGCAUUGCCUGGAGGAAAGAGAGACGAAGAAGAAGAUCCAGAUGAUAUAGCUACAGCCUUGAGAGAAGCUCGUGAAGAAAUCGGUUUAGAUCCUUCUCUUGUUACAAUAGUUUCUGUUCUUGAACCAUUUGUUACAAAGAUAGGCAUGCCGGUUGUACCGGUUAUCGGUUUUUUAGCCGACAAGAAAGCAUUUAAACAGUUACCAAAUCCAGCUGAAGUAGAAGAAAUCUUUGAUGUUCCAUUAGAGAUGUUUCUUAAGGACAAGAACAGGCGAGCAGAGGAACGAGAGUAUGAAGGAGAGAGAUAUCUUCUUCAUUACUUCGAUUACUAUUCCGAAGACAAAGAGAGAAACUUUAUGAUAUGGGCACUCACCGCUGGUAUUCUAAUCAGAGUUGCCUCCAUUGUUUACCAGAGAUCUCCAGAGUUUCAAGAACGCAAGCCAAGCUUCUGGAAUUGA